AUGAGUGAUCCUCCAAGUUAUGACCAUGACCUACUAAAUCGGCUCAAUGCUUUGAAGAAAUCCAGUAUUCAGCUCGACGCAUCCCCUCGUCCACCACUAAAUGUUUUUGUAAAAGAGUCGACCCCCGAAGCAGACUUGUCUGAGAGACUGCGUAGCCUACGAAACGGUACACCAUCAAGAUCUGGCACCAGUGAAGCAUCCGCGCCCGCUAGCACCACAUUGCCUUCACAACAAUCCAGUUUUUACAACCAAACCACGUCAAGUGAUGCUGUUCCCCUGUUUUCAGAUGAUAUCCACGAGGAUAAAUCUUUGGACGACCUUCUAGCAGAACUGGGAUCUGGUUCUGAGUGGUUGAAUCCUGAUGAUCCGAAUGAUAUUCAAAAACUUCUUGAUGAGGCUAAGAAAGCUUUGCCAGAUCGUGAUGAUGUUGCUACAGAUGAAGAGACAUCAAAGGGUUCUUCUGAGGAGAAGACUCGGAAGACUAAUGUCUUGACUAGUGGUCUCGAUAUGUCUGUGUUUGCCAUAGAUGACGAUGAGGCUGGGGAACCUAGGAAUAACACCAAACAGAUCGAGGGCUUAGAGGACGAAUCACGUGAAGUGCAGGAUAUUGUUGCCAGGCUGUUGGAUGAGGUAAACUUAGAGAGAGGAGCCGAGGAUGAAAGCGAAGCAGAGGAUUCCCAAGGAACUAAUGCCAUGAACGCGGAUGCGGGUGGAAAAUUCUCAUCUUUCCCCAAAUACAAGCAGGAUGACGAUGCCGAACCAAAUUUUACCCUCCCAUCCGCACCCUCCACGCUCCCGGAACCGAGCAGGAAAUCGAUCGAUUUCGAAGACGAUAUUACUGCGAGAUUGGCUGCGCUGAAGGGUCUUGGUUCUACGACUGUUAACGAUCUUGGGUUACCUUCUGCACCGACUACUAAACCGGUUGCUAAAGUGGCGAAAGAGUCGAAGGGGAAAGCUGGAGGACUAAAGAAAUAUACGGAUGAGGAAAUGGAUACGUGGUGUAUUAUUUGUCAAGAUGAUGCGACGAUUCAGUGUGUGGGUUGUGAGGGAGACUUGUAUUGUGCGAGAUGUUGGAAGGAGGGACAUAUGGGGGUUGAUGCCGGGUGGGAGUUUAAGAGACAUCAGUGGCGGAAAUGGGAACGUCCUGGUUAGUUGGUUGGGGUUGGGAGAGGGAUAGAAUGAUAAAUGGGGGGUUUUCAGUUACGCUGUUGAUAUAGAUUCUUGUUUAUGAGUGAUGUGCAUCCCGCUUUUGAAUUAAAGAAGAGCUGGUAUUGCUGCCGUCAUAAGGCUGGAAUGAUAUAGAUCUCAAUUGAAAUAUCAACGAACGCAAUAUAAGCCAUCGCCCAGAAUCAUAACAUACCAAGCGGAUUAUGACAUCGUGCUGACUGAUCAAAGUCAAUACAUUUUUUGCAGCUGCAGAUAUUUACACGGAGUUGAACAGACUUAUUAUUAGG